AUGAGCUGCCGACUCCCUGAGGGCAAGGUGGCUGUCAAGAUCAUCUUGAAGAAGAAUGUCAAGGGUAAUGAGAGCAUGGUGUACGAUGAACUCGACCUUCUUCAGCGCCUCCAUCACAAGCAUAUCGUCAAAUUCGUAGACUGGUUUGAGUCUAGGGACAAGUACUAUAUCGUCACCGAGCUGGCCACUGGCGGCGAGCUUUUUGAUCGCAUCUGUGAGCAAGGAAAAUUCACGGAGAAGGAUGCUUCUCGAACUAUCGGACAGGUUCUUGGAGCUGUUGACUACCUCCAUAAGAACAACGUCGUACACCGAGAUCUCAAGCCCGAAAAUCUUCUCUACCGAACGAGGGAACCACAGUCCGACCUCGUGCUUGCCGAUUUUGGCAUCGCUAAGAUGCUAGACCGCAAAGAUGAAGUCCUCACCACCAUGGCAGGUUCGUUUGGCUACGCGGCGCCAGAAGUCAUGCUCAAGCAAGGCCACGGAAAGCCUGUGGACAUGUGGUCGAUGGGCGUCAUCACCUACACCCUUCUCUGCGGCUACUCACCCUUCCGGUCUGAGAAUCUUCAGGACCUCAUUGAGGAAUGCAUGAACUCCCAGGUCGUCUUCCACGAACGCUACUGGAAGGACGUCAGUCAGUCUGCUAAGGAUUUCAUCCUCACCCUUCUGCAACCGAAUCCCGAGAACCGCGCGACUAGCGAGGAGGCUCUUCGCCACCCCUGGCUUGUCGGAGACACCGCUACCGACCACAACCUGCUGCCCGAAAUUCGGUCUUACAUGGCCAAGGCCAAACUCCGACGCGAAGAAGACCCCGAGAACUCGGAUGUGCCCGACGACCCAAUGUUCUCGGCACAGGAGGCUACUGAGGGUGGCUCAGCUGGCCGCGAGAAGCGUUCGCUCUCCAAGACGCUCAAGGGUGCCAUUUUCCGCGAGGUUGUCUUGGCCAAGGUACGCGAGAUGAAGGACCAGGAAGAAACACGCAAGGUUCAAGAGCAAGCCACGCAGGAUGCGAGUCGCAGCUCUAGGCGUGCCGGAGCCGACAAUAUGCCUGCUCCGAUGACCCCGCGAUGGGGCUUUGCAGCUGGGCACUAA